AUCAGUGCAAACGGAUUGUGCAGGGGUGAGCUCCAUCCACUAUGUUUCAGGGGGAAUACGGAUAUUGAUUGCAGCCUUUAUUUUUGGGGUGUGGGGGGGAGAAGCUCUUGAGGUUCCCUGGAGGCUCUUGCAGGGCCACACUGGUCUCCCAGCCCGCCAUCCCUGCACGGACACACUGCUCCCGGUUUGUUUUCUGUCCUACCUGCUGGAUCGCACCUUCGGCUGGUCGUCGCCUUCAGGAUCCAGGGAUAACUUCUGGGAAACAAGUUCGGAUGUGGCAAGCAAACUGCAGACGAAUGCAUAAUUUAGCAGACUGGAUUUCCGGGACAGUGAUGGGAGGCUGUGUCGGAAGGAGUAGGAUGGAUGGACAAGGGAGUGCCCGGAGCUCGACAAGGAGCAAAAAACGUGGAGGACGUAAUGAGCCCCUCAAGAAGGAGCGCCCAAAGUGGAAGAGUGAAUACCCGAUGACAGAUGGCCAGCUGAGGAGUAAGAGGGAUGAGUUUUGGGAUACGGCUCCGGCCUUUGAUGGACGGAAAGAGAUCUGGGACGCACUCAGAGCAGCAGCCCUGGCUGCGGAGUGCAAUGACCUGGAGCUAGCACAGGCUAUAGUGGAUGGAGCCUGCAUUACUCUGCCACACGGCUCUCUCACGGAGAGUUAUGAUGAACUGGGCAACCGCUACCAGCUCCCGGCCUACACUUUAGCCCCACCUGUCAACCUAAUCAGCGAAACGUGCAGUGAGAGCAAAGUCUCUGAUUCCACACAAAAACAAGCUCAACACCCUCCGUGCAGACAAGAGUUCCAGCUGCGGGUGCGACUGUCAACAGCUGGUCAGGUGUCUCACACUCGUGUGGGUCUCAGGAAUCGUGUGCACAUCGUCUGUGCGGAUCUGUCGAUGCGCGUCUCCUCCGCUGGUUCCCUGCGUUGUGCGGGGGCUGAAGGCCGGAUCCGUUGCGUAAGGGAUGGUGGCCGUGGCUGA